CUUGGAAGGUAAAUACUAAGCAAGCUGGAGCAUUGGCUUCCUCUUAUUUUUCUUCUUCGUCGUCUUGUACUAGAAAACCCGUUGACUUGGCAAAGUCUUUUCUUUCUACUUUCCAGUUUCAGAUUUUUUUGUUCGCUUAUAUAUUAUCGCAAUUAUAUCUUCCAUAGUAGCCGUUGUUUCUUAUUUUUCCUAGACAAGUAAGAGAUCAUGGUGAGAGUUCUUGCGAUUUUGUUGGUGCUAAUUGCAACUUUUUCCAUCAUUCAUCUUGUUCAAGCACAGAGCCAGCAAGGGUUUAUUAGUUUGGACUGCGGACUACCUGCGAAUGAACUCUCUUCUUACAGUGAGUCAGUAACGGAAUUACAGUUCUCAUCGGACGCAAAGUACAUCCAAAGCGGAGAAACUGGUAGAAUCAAAACAGAUCUGGAGAAUCCACCCUUGAAGCCAUACACGACGAUGAGGUAUUUUCGAGAAGGAAUACGGAACUGCUACAGUCUACCCGUGGAGAAGGGAAAGAUGCAUUUGAUCAGGGCUUGGUUUAGAUAUGGAAACUACGAUGGUCGUGACAUUAAACCAGUGUUUGAUCUGUAUCUUGGACCUAAUCUAUGGGCCACGGUGGAUUUCCAGAAACUAGAGACAAAUUCUACACGUGAAGAGAUGUUACACGUCCCAGCGUCAAACUCGUUACAGGUUUGUCUUGUUAAGACUGGCAAAACUACACCGUUCAUAUCCGCCUUGGAGUUGCGGCCCAUGGGAAAUGAUUCUUAUAUCACUAAAUCUGGCUCCCUGAAGCUUUUACAUCGAAUAUAUUAUACCAAGUCGGAGGCCUUCAUAAGGUACCCGGACGAUGCAUAUGAUCGGCUAUGGACUCCACGUACUCUUCCGUGGUUGACCCACAUAUCCACCACUAGCGAUGUGUCGGAUGGUGACAGUUACGAUCUACCAAAAGCCGUGCGACAAAAUACUGCCACGCCUACUAACGCUAGUGACCCAUUGACGAUUGGAUGGAAUUCAACAGAUCCUGAUGACCAAUAUUACAUGUAUGAACACUUUGCUGAGAUCCAAGACUUGCAGGCCAACGAAACAAGAGAAUUCGCCGUGUUCUUGAAUGAGAAAAGAUUUUCCGACCCUGUAACUCCUAAAAAGUUGGAUAUAACAACUUUGCGCAGUCAGGUCCCGGCGACUUGCCAAGGAGGGGAAUGCAGCAUGAAACUGACAAGAACCCGGAGAUCUACUCUUCCACCACUACUUAACGCUUAUGAAAUCUACUCAGUCAUGCAGUUUAUGCAACCCGAAACAAAUGAAAACGAAGUGGUUGCUUUAAAAAGCAUCAAAGACGCCUAUGAAUUGAAUAGAAUCAACUGGCAAGGUGAUCCAUGUGUCCCUCAAAACCUUAUGUGGGAUGGUUUAGCCUGCAGCGACACGGUUAUCUCCACAUCACCUAGUAUCACUUCUUUAAACUUGUCUUCUACUGGUUUAACUGGAAACAUAGCAGCUGCCAUCCAAAAUCUCACGCUGCUUGAAAAACUGGACUUGUCAAAUAAUAGUUUAACCGGAGAGGUGCCGGAAUUUCUAGGCAACAUAAAGUCGUUGUUGUUCAUAAACUUAAGCGGGAACGAUCUCAAUGGUUCCAUACCUCAAGCUCUUCAGAGGAAGGGCGUAGAGCUACUACUUGAUGGAAACCCAAGGCUUUGUCAGCUUCAUUCAUGCACAAAACCACACAGCAAGAAAUUUCCAGUGGCAAUUGUUGCAUCCGUUGCUUGUAUGGCCAUUCUCGUUGCUAUUUUGGUUCUUUUUCUUGUUCUCAGAAAGAAAAAGCUAUCGAAUCUCCAAGCUAAACACUUUUCACCAAUGGUGAACGUUACAAGUGCUGAUUCACCCGAAACAUUUAUUGAUAUGAAAAGGAGAAGGUUCACAUAUUCAGAGGUGAUCAAAAUGACAAAUAACUUCCAAAGAUUUUUAGGUAAAGGAGGGUUUGGUAUGGUCUAUCACGGUUCUGUAAAUGGUUCUGAACAAGUGGCUGUUAAAGUACUCUCCCAAUUUUCAACUCAGGGCUAUAAACAGUUCAAAGCAGAGGUUGAUCUUCUUCUUAGAGUUCACCAUACAAAUCUGGUGAGCCUCGUCGGGUAUUGCUAUGAAGGAGAUCACUUGGCCCUCAUCUACGAGUUUCUGCCCAACGGAAACUUAAAACAACAUUUGAAUGGAAAAGGAGGUAAAUCCAUCAUAAACUGGUGUAUUCGACUACGAAUAGCCUUGGAGGCCGCGUUAGGACUGGAGUACUUACAUAUUGGAUGCACACCGCCGAUGGUUCACAGAGAUGUCAAAACUACAAACAUAUUGCUGGACGAGCAUUUCAAGGCCAAAAUCGCUGAUUUUGGGCUCUCAAGAUCUUUCCAAGUUGGUGGCGAAUCUCAUGUUUCGACGGUCAUCGCUGGUACUCCUGGAUACCUUGAUCCCGAAUGUUACAGUUCAGGUCGGUUGGAUGAGAAGAGUGAUGUCUACAGCUUUGGGAUCGUGUUACUGGAGAUGAUCACAAACCAACAUGUGAUCUCUGAAAAUUCUCACAUAACACAAUGGGUUGGCUCUAAGCUUAACGGAGGUGAUAUAAAUGGGAUCAUGGAUCCAAACCUUCGCGGAGUUUAUGACACUAAUUCUGCAUGGAGAGCUCUUGAGCUGGCAAUGUCGUGCGCGGGUCCUCAUUCUGCAAACCGACCAACCAUGUCCCAUGUUAUUAUCGAGCUUAAAGAGUGUCUUGCGUGUGAGAAGUCGAGGAUGAAUAAAGAUCGAGGCUUGGACUCUCUAGAGAUGACCAUGAUGAGUUUGGACACUUCGGUGGUUCCUGGGGCAAGGUAGUUCGUGCAGCAAAAUCGAUCACGACCGGCUCAUUCCUUAACGCUUACGUUUUUAAGUUGUGUCCUGUCUAGUCUACUUGUGCUUGUGGUAUAGCUAGUACCAAUAUGGAAGUCAAACAAAUCAAUGAUUUUGGAUUUUCAAAUUAGUAGAAUAUUAUUCACAAGGAGUAUCUUGAUAAAAACAAAAAGUGUUGUGUAUGAUUUAAUUCAGUUAAACUAAAUCGACAUUUUUUCAUAAGCCAAAAACAACCUUGCCUACAUUCUUCACAGAUUUGGUAUUUUCGUUGCUAUUUGAUUGGGUUUCAAAAUCCCCUAUAUAUGGGCCUUUAAACCCAAAGGAGAUCUUGGGCCUGUUCUUUUUUUUGGGCCGAUUCAUUUCGAAAUCGCAGCGGCGGCGACGACGACCGGUAAAAGAUACUACCACGGGCAAGACACCUGGAAAUUAAGGCGACGGCAAGCAACGUUGGUUUUAAAUCAUGUCUUUGGUCUUUCUACUGUUCAGUCGCUCACCGCUGGUCGCAGCGACCAUGAAGAGAAUUGUUUCACUGUUUGGGAAUGACAAUCGAUUAAACACGAGCGGAGGUCUCCCCGUCGUAGACAACGGUCGUUUUAUCAUCGGAGGUUCUCGUUCCUCGACUCGCCGAGCCCAUCCUGUUACUACAUAGAUGAAAGACCCAGGCAGGUAAGAGAAUAUGAAGAAUUCUCUUGGGGUUUUCUUGCCGCUAAUCGCCAUCAUUCAACUUGUCCAAGCUCAAGACCAACAAGGAUUCGUCACUUUGGACUGCGGACUACCAGCGAAUGAAACGUCUCCUUAUGAAGAGAGUUAUACUAAACUGCUAUUCUCUUCAGACGAAACUCUAAACGUCGACAAGGGCAGAGACAUAUUGAUCGUGGCUAGGUUUGUAUAUGAAAUUUACGAUGGUCUUGACGUUAAGCCGAAGUUUGAUCUGUAUCUUGGACCUAAUCUAUGGGCCACGGUAGCUUUUGCAGAGGCUAGUGAAUGGUACCGCAGAAGAGAUGUUACACCUACCAACAUCAGAUAUGUCUUGUUAAGACUGGCGAAACUACACCGCCAAUAUCCGCCUUGGUGUUACGGCCCAUGGAAAACGGUUUUUAUAUCACUAAAAAAUAUGGAGAGUUCCCUUGCGCCUUUGUUGGUACUAAUGGCAACUUUGGCCAUCAGUCAUAUUAUUCAAGCUCAAGACCAACAAGGGUUCAUCAGUUUGGACUGCGGGCUACCUGCGACUGAGCAGUCCCCUUAUGAUGAGACUUAUACAAGGCUGCGCUUCUCCUCGGACGCAACAGUCAUGCAGAGCGGAAAAACCGGUAGGAUUCAGGCAGAUCUGGUGAGUAGAGUCCCGAAGCCUUACAGGACGAUGAGGUAUUUUCCAGAUGGAGUACGGAACUGCUACAACCUGAAUGUGGAGAAAGGGCGCAAACAUUUGAUCAGAGCUACCUUUGUAUACGGAAACUACGACGGUCGUGGCAUCAAACCGGUGUUCGAUCUUUAUCUUGGACCUAACUUAUGGACCACUAUAGAUUUAGAAGCACGGUCAGUGACUGGUGUACGGGAAGAUGUUCUACACAUCCCAACAUCAAACUCGUUGAAGAUUUGUCUUGUUAAGACUAGCGAAACUACACCGCUAAUAUCCGCCUUGGAAGUACGGCCCAUGGCCAUGGGAAAUGGUUCUUACAACACUGAAUCUGGCUCCCUGAGUCUUUACGACGGGUAUUAUCAUAGCAACUCAACAUCCCAGAUACGGUGA